UCUGCUGGCGCUGGCUUUGCCUCAUGGCCUGCUGAUUCCGACGUCCUUGAUUCCAACAUCCGCGAGUCAAGUACACAAACAUGUUCGCCGUCAGGCUCACCACCAAGAACACUUUCAUAGACGCCGUCAGCUGGGCGCAGGAGGAGAGAGAGGAGCCUCCGCUGCACCGCACUCGCUCCGACCCGACGCUCCGGUUCCACCUCGCAGACGGUGGCGAGGACGCCAAAGCGACCGCCGACGGCACCGAGUUUGUGACCUCGGUGAAGCCGGCCGCCAGGGCCACCCUCGCCGACUUUGAGUCGCCCCUCUCCGCGGAGCAGCCGUCCAAGCCCUUCGCUGGGGCGUCCGUGGGCUUCCGCACGCCGCUGAGCAGCAAGGCCAGGCCCUUUGCCGCCCCCGCCGGGACGGCCGGUCUGCAUGCGCUGGAGUGGCGGGUGCGCUAAUUCGGCAGGGCGCCAGCCAUACAUCUACACCGGUCCUGGCGAGGCCCACACCGAUCCUGGCGAGGCCGAUCCUGGGCCCUGGAUCGCCCCUUUGCCCAAGCCAGGAGGGCGUAUGCAUCGAUCCUGGGAGCAGGAUCGGCCUGCCCAGGAUCGGUGCAGGUUAUGGUCAGCGUCCUCUUGCUGCUGGUCUGUUUCCGUCGGUCCGAGCUGCCCCAGCCGCUCCCCAUGGGCUCCCGGGUGACGCAGAUCGCACCGUGGAGAUCUCUCCGUGAGGUUCUAGCUCGUGGGAGGUCCUCUCUCGGCCGGCAGAGGCCCCGACCACUGUAGGUGGGUCGGGGCCUUCUGGGCCAGCGCUCCACGCUCGGGGUCUGCGGGCGCGUGCUCGCUUCCCCAGCGAGCCUUGCAGCGCGAUGCCCGCCCGACGUUCGAGCUCGAGGAGUGGACGGCGAGAAGCCCCUGCUGAUUUCGCCUCCUCCUCCUCCUCCUCCUCCUCCUCCUCCUCCUC